UGAAUUAUUGAACAAGGGUUCCUGUUAAUGUGAGGCCCAGACUUUACAAUGAAGGGUGAAACCCCAUCCCAAAAAGCUGCUGGAAAAAUCACAUCCGGCACUAAAAACCCUUGUGCUAGCUUGGAAAUUUAGUUUUGCUCCUUAUUAUAAAAUUUGAAGCUCUAAAAUAGAUUUGGCAGUGAACACUUGAAAAUAUAGAGUUCGAAUAAUAUAUUACAAGAUAUAUUAUUUUUAGAGUUUGAAAUCAAAGUUAUUUUUCAAUCCAUGAUAGUCGAGAUCAAGAUGAUCGAUCUUGAUACUUUUCAGGCGUUGGAACAACAAAUUCCAGUAAGAUUUGAGCUACUGUUUUUAAGAAGCACACCAAUCUUCUCCUUGAACAAAACCCUUGGUACAUGCAUCAAUGAGACCCAACAUAAGCCAUGACACUAGAGGCAAAAUCCUGCAUGAUGUCUCGUUUAUUCAUUUACAGUAGCAGUUCUUUGUUUGUGAGGAAAGGAUAGUAGAAAAUGGAUGAGGGUUUGCAAGAAGAUAUUGUCAUUGUUGGCGCCGGGAUUGCAGGCCUUGCCACUGCUCUAGGACUUCACAGGAUGGGGUUAAAAUGCUUUAUAUUGGAAUCUCAUGAUGCCUUGAGGACCACUGGCUUUGGACUGACCACAUGGACCAAUGCAUGGAAAGCUCUUGAAGCUCUUGGUGUUGCUGACUCCCUACGCCAUCAACAUGUCCAACUUCAAAGGGUAAGUGUCACUACCUUAGCAACUGGGGCUACUACCCAUACACCACUCACAGGUCAGGGGAAAUGCGGGCAAUUUGAAACGCGUUGUUUGAGGAGAGAUUUGUUGGUGGAAGCUCUUGCACGAGAACUUCCAAAAGGGUGCAUCAAGUUUGGGGCUAAAGUGGCGAAUAUGGAAGUGAAGGACUACAAAUCCCCACCUUAUCUUCUCCAUUUGGCCGAUGGGACUAUUAUCAAAGCCAAGGUAGUGAUUGGGUGUGACGGGGUGAACUCUGUGGUGUCAACGUGGUUGGGUUUGCAAAAACCAGCCUAUGUGGGACGCUCAGAGAUCAGAGGAUUCGCAAAUUUCCAAGAUGGCCAUGGUUUUGAGCCAGAUUUCUUGCAGUAUAUCAAUGAUGAUUUUCAAGUGGGCCUAAUACCUUGCAAUAACCAAACCAUCUAUUGGUUCUUCACUUGGAGCCCUACCCAUCAAGAAAGGGAAAUUGAGGAUGACCCAGACAAGAUGAAACAACUGGUGUUGGAAAAGACAAGGGACAUUCUGAAAAAUGUGCAAGACGUGAUCGAGAGGACCAGAGUCGAAUGCUUGAACACAUCUCGCCUACGGUGCAGAUGGCCCUGGUGUCUGAUACAUGGAAACAUAUGCAAAGGGAAUGUGUGUGUGGCCGGAGAUGCAUUCCACUGUAUGACUCCUGAUAUUGGCCAAGGAGGCUGUUCAGCUUUGGAGGAUGGUGUAGUCCUCGCCAGAUGCUUAGGUGAAGCAAUUUUAGAUGGAGAGAAAGGAAUUGAAGAGAAGAGGAUCUCAAUGGCCUUGGAGAAGUAUGUAAAGGAAAGGAAAUGGAGGGCAAUAAUGAUAACAACUGUGGCCUACUUUUUUGGGUUCCUGCAACAAGGCCAUGGGAAAGUGAAAACUUUUCUGUGGGACAAAUUAUUGUCCAGGAUAAUGCAAAGGAGGAGGAUGGCAAUUACUGAUUUCAAUUGUGGAAGUCUACAGAACCCAGCGAGCUUGCGACCUCACCCCAAUUACUCAGGUUCUGCACGUCUCUGAGUCCAAAACUAAGACCAAGGGGAACGGCUGAGUCUCACCUACGCAAUUUUAUAGGACUCGAAGUAUCUAGCGAACUCAGAUGAGUGAAGGUGCCGGAUUCCCUUGAAAGCCCCUCUGUUGUGGAAUGAAACAUUGUGUAUAUCAAUAGUUAAUUGUUCACCAUCAAGCUCUUUGAAUCCAAUGACAAAGCAGGAUUCAAGGUUU